GAGAAGUGGUCUCGAACCUUCUGAAAUGAAAGGAAGUUCGCACCCUUCGGUUUCCUGGGUAACGGUGUGUUUGGCAACCAUUGUAAACAAGGCGCCCUACCACAUUGAAGUGAAGACGGAACAAAACAGCAAUGGCUUUCUGCAACACGGAGUAUUUCGACCACAUUGGGAAUAUUCAAAAGAGCAUACACCAACGGGAAAGGAGAAGAUAUGAGCUGGAAGAAAAACUGUUUGCUUACUUAAGAUCAGAAGAAAAACGAACUAAGCUGAAGUGUGCCAAGAUGCGCUGCUAUUACAAGGAGCUGCAUGAGAGAGAGCAGCGAGCAAAGACACGCAACCUUGAGCUUCUGGGGAAUGUGGAUAGCUUGGCAUUAGAAUUGAAAGAAUUCUCCAUUGAUUGCAGCAGGCUGCUUCAAAAGAGGUUGGAGUACAAGAAUCAUAUUACCAGACUGAAGAAAGACAGAAAGAAAACGAAGAGCAGGGGGGAAUCAGAAGCGGAUGAGCACCCGGAAAGUUUCCUUCUUUCCAGCAAAUGGGGAUCACGGCAGAGUGCUGUCAUCUUUACGGGUAACCAGACCUCCAACUCAUCAAGACAUGGUGUCACAACCACACACUCGCCAUCUGAGACCGAGCUGAUACCUAAUCACCCUUCAUUCUCUCCUCAACAAAGUGGCCUAUUGAUGCACCCCCAUGUUUCAAAAGCCAGCGGCGCUGCCGUCAUAUCUGAUGACAUACUUAACUCUGGUGAUUUCCUUGAGGGCGGUCGUGUGAGUGACAUGUAUGAACAACAGAUAGAGUCUGAUUGGGACAUUUCUCAGAGGGCAGGACAGCAGCACAGAUUGGAGAAACUAGACUCACCUCGCACAACCUUGAAGGAAACUGAAGUGUCCCCUCGAUCUGUGAAGAGGCUUGCAGCCAUUGUGUCACUAGAUUGGUGUCCAACCCAUAGUCCUUCUCCAGUCACCACUGAUCGAAAAGAUUUCUUACAGUACAGAAAUUCUGGAGAUGAGGAUGUGGUAGUUUCUGCAGAGGAUGAAGGUGACUCAGUGCUGAAACGUCAAGAUCUUGCAGAUCACUCUAAAAGCAGACGUCCCAGCAUUCCUAGUCCAGCUUUUAAAAUUAAACCAGGGCAUACCGACAGUGAUAUUUCAGUUUCACCAAGUCAGAUUUACCAUGGUCAUCACAUCUGGAGAGGAGAUGUUGUAAUUCAAGGGCAAAAUGAAAUACCCACUCAAGUCAACAGGGGCACACAGGAGAACACUGACUCGGAACACUCUGCAAGACCUGACUCUCCCAAACCCCUCAACAGGCUAUCCAUGGAAGGAUUGUGUCAUCUUCUAGACUACAUCGAGCAACGUCUCAGCGCUAAAGAUAUAUGGCUCUACCGAAGCAGUACAAUCAAUGAGCAGAAACUCAGAGAUAUCAUCAGUAUAUGUAGUCAAUGUGGGAGUCUGGACAGUGUGGAUGUGCAAGCAUGUUGUGCUGUGGUUCUGCAGCAGCUGCCCCUGUUGUCCUGCAGUCUGUCUCAGGGAUGUCUGUUACCCAAGGAUCUGAUCAACACUCAUUGGUCAACAGCAACAAAGCCAGAUCAGAUCAGGUCGUGUCUGUCAGCUUACAGUGCUUUGCUGUGGGACCGCUGUUUCAGACACAUCCUUCAGCUGCAGCAACAGGAAAUCCUCAGCAUAGACCUCAUUGUUCAGCUCUUUACUCCGCUCCUGGUGCUCAACAGUGCCACCUACAGCGACAAGGCAGGAGAGCUGUUGAAGAGGCUUCUGACUUAUGAAUCUGCCAUCCAUCAACCUUCAGAUAGUGAACAGUCGUCGUCAUGCAGCUUGCCCUCACUUCUGGAUGACAAUGUGGAAAUCAAGCCUGCCAGGCCUUCUAAGAAACAUCCUCAAACCGUUCAAACACAAGGAAUUCAAACUGCUGAAGAGGACAGUGCCGACCAAAGCCCAGUGGAAAGUAUUCCUAUUAGAGGUAAAAUGGCAGAUCGAAGAAUCGCCCAUUUGGGAGUUCUUCUGUGCCCGUUUUGUCUUUCUCCUAACGCAGUAGAUAAUGGGGAUCCCUUUUUUGCCCGACAGGAUAGCUGUGAAAAGAAUGAUCAAGGUGAAUCAGAGGUCAGAGUCCCACCUGAAGUGUGGAACAGUUCCUCUAAUUUUCGCCAGAGAAAACAAACCCGUCUCUUUUCUUCUUCCCUAGAGACCAAAGCAUAUCAGCUGCUUAAACAGUCUGUUGCACAAGAGAGGCACUGGAGUGACUCAGAGGAGGAGGACUCAGAGCCGUCAGACAUCAUCAAAUUGGAGAGAACUGAGGCGCUCCGGGACUCUUUUACACAUAAUAGUUGGAAGAGUGAAAAAGUCCAGUCAUUCUCUGCUGUCCAGUCAAAGGCAUUUUGGGGAGAAUCAGAUGACAGCAAUUCUGAAAUUGAAAUGUCCUUGCAUCCUCACUCCCACAACACCAGCAGCAAUGAAUUUGAUGAUUUUUAUGAUUAAUGUUACUCUAUUGAGAGUUCACACUGUCAAGUUAUUGUUUUCAUUGAGCAGUUAAUGUGUUUGAAAGAGAUGCCUUUCUAUGAUUAAAAAACAAACAAAUAUCUUCACAGAGGAAUGACACAAUAAUAGUGAUCCUCUUUAUUGUGGCCAAAGACUGUGAAUGGUUUCCAAAACAUGUCGGUGUUAACCCUGCUUGAAUCUCUUUUGUUGAACAACACUUGGAUAUGGUAGAAAUAGAUUAAACUUUGUUUUUAA